CAUUCCAACACCUUUUCAAUUAACCUCUUCGAUUAAGCCAGCUCCUACAACGAUGCUAGGGACAUACUCUAUCAGGAUUAACGGUGCCGACUGUGGCGCCGAGGCGCUCCUGUUGGCCGUGAUUACCUCUAUCGGAGGAUUCCUCUUCGGCUAUGACACCGGCCAGAUCUCAGGCAUGCUCCUCUUUGAGGACUUUAUGAAACGGUUUGGACAAGUGCAUGACGACGGUACCAUUUAUUGGAAGUCUAUCAUCAAAUCCCUUCUCGUCUCCCUCAUGAGUCUUGGAUGCCUCGUCGGUGCUCUGUCAUCUUCAUAUACCUCGGAUUGGUUUGGCCGCCGCAAGAGCAUGUCACUUGCGGUUCUUGUUUUCGUCAUCGGAAACAUCAUCCAAAUCACAGCAAUGGAAUCCUGGGUCCACAUGACCAUCGGCCGCAUUAUCGCCGGACUCGGUGUUGGCAGUCUUUCCGUCGGAGUCGCCGUAUUCCAGAGCGAAACAUCACCCAGGGAGAUUAGAGGCGCAGUCGUUGCGUCCUACCAGUUCAUGAUCAGUCUGGGCAUCCUUAUUUCGAAUAUCGUCAACUACGGAGUCCGAGAAAUCCAGGAGUCUGAUUCCUCGUGGCGUGUCGUAAUUGGUCUAGAGAUGGCCUUUUCUCUUCCGCUUGGUCUCGGCAUCCUCUUUGUUCCGGAAUCGCCCAGAUGGCUUGCGGGAAGGGAUGACUGGGAGGGCGCCCGCCUAUCCUUCGCCCGACUUCGAGGAAAGAAGCACGACCUGAACAAUGCCAUUUUAGAACAGGACAUGCAAGAAAUGAAGACGUUGAUCGAUGAGGAGCAUAAAGCUGGCCAGGGUACUUGGGCCGAGUGUCUUGUCCCAAACAGCGGGAUUCCUAAGCUCGUUUACCGCACACUCCUUGGAACGGCUGUCCAGUUUUUGCAGCAGUGGACAGGAGUCAAUUAUUUCUUCUACUAUGGGGCCACUAUCUUUCAAUCUGCAGGCAUAGACGACCCGAUUAUGAUGCAACUCAUCUUGGGUGCUGUCAAUGUGGCCAUGACUGUCCCUGGCAUCUACAUGACAGAGCGUGUAGGCCGCCGAUGGCCUCUAUUCCUUGGCGCUUUAUGGCAGACAGCAUGGCUUCUGGUAUUUGCUUCAGUUGGCACGGCCAUUGACCCAGCGGAGAGUCGAGCCGUUGGUAUCGUUAUGAUCGUCUCAGCUUGUUUGUUCAUUGCCUCUUUUGCUAUGAGCUGGGGCCCACUUGGAUGGGUUGUCGUCGGCGAGCUUUUCCCUCUUCGCACGCGUGCCAAGCAGGCAUCUCUUGCAACUGCGAGCAACUGGCUUGGAAAUUUCAUGAUCAGUUUCCUCACGCCUUUUGCCGACGACGGAAUCUCGUACUCUUUCGGUUAUGUUUUCGCUGGCAUGAACUUCCUUGCUGCUCUCAUCACUUGGUUCUUCCUUUAUGAGACCCGCACACUGAGCCUUGAAAACAUUGACCAGAUGUACAGCCACCCAACCCUCAAGGCCUGGAACAGCGCGAAGUGGACACCCCCAGGUUAUAAAACUCGCAAAGAGCGCGACGAGGCAUACGUCCAUCACGUUGGCAACGAAACUACAUCUGAGAAGCUUGGUCAGAGUGACAGCUGCUGAGUGCUCAAACAAUUACGGUAUAUAAGAUUGAUAUAGGUUGUUACAAAUUGGUUAUUAUUGCGCUACAAUACAUUGGAAGUGCCUCUUUG